UCCAAAAAGAAAGAUUUUGUUGGGGGCAUCCAAAGUAAAUGGAAUAACGUAUAAAGAUGGUGUUAUGAGAAGCGGAGAGGAGGAGGUAGUUUGUGUAGGUGUUAAAGAGGCCUUGGAAGAAUUCUGUCGUUUCAUAUCUGCGGAUGGAAAUGGUUCCGAACUUGUUGGACAUAAUAUUAAGAACUUCGAUUGUAAAGUUUUAUAUCAUGCUGUAUAUCGUAACGAAAUGAUGGAGGAAUUUUCCUCCGCUAUUAAGGGCUUUAUCGAUACCUAUCUGGUAUAUAAAAAGGUUUACCCGGGACUUGAAAGUUACAGUCUUGACAAAUUAAAUGAAAAAUAUAUUAAAGAGCCUAGAUCCCCAUUGCAUGAUGCCUUAUCAGACGUACAACUGACCAGAAAAGUAUACGAAAUCGUAAAAUCGGAUCCUGAAAUCCAGAAAUCGUUAUUUUCUUGGAGGUCAGUGGUUUGUGCCUGUUCGUUACAGCCUUUAGUUAAAGAGAAAAUUAUAACCCAGUAUAUGAAGAAUAAUUUGGUAAAAGCUAAUCUCGAUUACGAUGAUUUGUUAAGAGCCCACAGCCGACCAUCGGGUGGUGGAAUUGAUUUGUUAUUUAGCGAGAAAGUUGGUGAGAAUAAAAAGCCUAGAGUCACCAACUGUAAAACAACGAUUAAAAAAGUUUCAGACUACUUUGAUAAAAUCUAAAAAAAUUAUCAACCGAUCGAGCACACACACGCGCAAAACCCUAAUUAUUAUAACCAUCUUUAUUUAUGUGAAUGUUUAGAGAGAUAUUAAAUUCAUUGUGAACAUAAAAGAAAAAUUGCUAUAAUCAAUGUUUUCAAAAUAUAACGCAUCUUCCUGGAUCAAGGUAUAACAGUGAUUUGCAUGUACAUUUCAUUUUUAGGCAUAGGCGUUAGGUUCUUAGUAUGUUACAUAAUAUGUUACAUAAUAUGUUACAUAAUAAUAAUAAAUUCGCUGUUAAAUUGGACACAUUCAAGAACACAAUAUUUUUUUAUACAACUGGGUGCCCAAAUUUUCCCAGCAUUUGGUGCCCAAAAUGGGGGGGGGGGGGGCGGCAGGCCAUUAAUAUUAUUUUUGUACAUAAAAGAUGUUUAAAUAUUUACCCAUAAAAUUUUAUUAAUUUUAGUCGUAAUAAUGUUUAUAAUAUUAACAAUUUACAUAUUUUAAUAAGAGGCUUUUUUUAAAACAUAUUUCUUUUCUAUUAUUUUAUAUAUUUUCACCGAUCAUCUGACUAGCGCUAAAAGCGAACAUUAUUAAUUUUGAUACCCACUUGCCAUAUGAUCUUUAAUAUAGAGACGUGCAGUAUACCCGUCCAUAGCAACAAAGGUAUCGGUAAAGGUAUAUAUUUCUUAUCAACUUAUAUCA